CUGAUGAUGUUUGUGGCAUCAUUUCUAACCUUCAUGGCCAUUGUUGGAUUCCCUUCUUUUGUAGAGGAAAUGAAGGUAUUCGAACGUGAAAGACUAAAUGGGCACUACGGUGUCACUCCUUUUGGCAUCGGAAAUACGUUAUCUGCUCUGCCAUUCUUGGCACUCGUCGCACUUAUUCCAGACGCAAUUACAUAUUUCCUUCCAGGACUUCACCAUAGAUAUCAACAUUUCUUGUUCUUCGUCAUCAUAUUAUUCGCUUGCAUGAUGUUGGUGGAGAGCUUAAUGAUGAUUGUGGCAAGUGUGGUACCCAAUAUCCUGAUGGGAAUCAUAGUAGGUGAUGGAAUUCAAGGUAUAAUGAUCUUGGUCUGCGGAUUCUUCCGACUACCCACUGAUCUUCCUAAGCCGUUGUUGAAAUAUCCCUUCUACCACAUUGUGUUCCACAAAUAUGCCUAUCAGGGACUGUUUAAGAACGAGUUUCUAGGCUUGACUUCUCCCAAUGCUGAAGCUGGAAAUGGAGGGUCGCCAACCAUUACUGGUGAAGAAAUUUUGAAGCAAACUUGGCAUUUUGAAACGGCAUACUCUAAGUGGGUUGAUCUUGCUAUCUUAUUUGCAAUGGUUGUUUUUUAUCGAGUAUUAUUCUUGAUUGUCAUGAAGACUACGGAGAAGGUAAAACUGGUGAUGGUGAAAUUCAUGUCCGCAACUCGAAAGGAAAGAACGCAGGUCACGGUGAAUCCAUCGGCCACACCUUCGGCGACGCCUUAUUGUGCGGAUAAGAGACAGUGGCAGUAAUCAGGGUGUAUCAAUAGUUUUUUUUCAUACGUUACAACAAAUAUAGUUGCUAACCAAGUUUUAGUUUGGUUGAAAUUAUCAUAUCUUAGGAGUCCAAACUAUGUGAUUGAAUAAAUCUUCCUCUA